GUAUUCCGCAAAACUGUCUCACGCUUACCUUUUCCGCUCUAGUGCCCCCUUGUGGCUGUUAGAAAAAAAAUGCACAAAUUAGCCACAUCUCCACGUAAGUUGCAGGGUUGAAAGCGUGUGAAAAAAAGUUGCGGCUUAUCGGCAGGAAAUUACGGUAACAAAAUCGGUCAAAGUUGAACCGUAGCAACUCGGCGCCGCUGACCCGUUUGCCCGACUGAGCUGCUGCCGUUUCUCCACUCGGUAACCCGACUGUCCGUACGGCGGUUUUGGGUACUUAAACAUGCUCCCGAUUAACUUUUCGUCCUUUUGUGUUUGUUGUUUGUGGUUUGCAGACGAGACAUUCUCGACUUCACUCCUGUCACUGCUUGUUUUUUUUCUAGCUUUGUAAAACCGAUAUUUUAAAUAUGGCAAUUAUGAUGCGCUAAAUAGUGAGCCCGUCCAUCCGUCUGUCCAUUUCCUUUGCCGCUUAUCCUCACGAGGGUCGCGCGGCGUGCCGGAGCUUGUCCCAGCUGUCAACGGGCAAGAGGCGGGGUACACCCUGAACUGGUCGCCAGCCAAUCGCACUCACAAUCACACCUCGGGGCAAUUUGGUGUCUUCAAUUAAUGUUGCAUGCGGGAGGAAACCCGCGCAGGCACGGGAAGAACAUGCAAACUCCACACAGGUGGGGCCGGGAUCGAACCCGGGACCUCAGAACUGUGAGUCCAACGCUUUACCAGCUGAUGCAUCGUUCCACCCUAGUUGAUUAUUAUUCAUUUUUAGGAGGGUUGUAGGGAUGGGCAUAAUUGCCCCCUGUGACAUCACAGAGUGAUUGUCGCGUCCCCCAAAAUCAAAUCAAUCCAUUUUUCGUCCUCCCUUGAUAUCAAUGGAGAACUACGAAUCGUGUGCUCAUCCUUUUGAUUUUGAAACAUAUUUGUGCGUUUCUCGAGCAAAUGUGACUUUCCCGACAUCCCCGUCGUGGUCUUUUGAUGCUUUUAAUCCGCGGUAAUGAAAUGUGAGGCGUUUGAGGCGCACAAAGAGCGCAGAUAGCAUCUGGCGAGCUAUUAAAGCCGACGUGAAAGGGAUGCGGCGGCGUUUAUUGUUACGGGCCCUGCGAAGGCCGCCCCAGAGCGGCUUAGGACGCAUUGUGGAAAUCCAUUAAUUCCGCCGCGUUCGCCAGCCUGCUAUGAAAUCAGCGAGGAAACAAAAAGAAAGAAAUGUUAACGGGCGUCGAGAUGGCUUCAUCGUGCGCUCGGUAUCAUCGUCGUAAUCCGCAUUUAUCUCUUAAACGUGAGUUGCCGAGUGAAAACUUUCCCCAUCUCGCCCCCCCCCCCCCCCCCCCCCCCACCGCUUAAAUCCGUCUUUCUAAUACGGAGAUUUUCUCUGUAAACCCGCCAACAAAGAGAAUCUUCGGCUCUUUUCCACAUCUCAUUUUAUGCAGCCAAAAUCUGAUGAAAAGGAAUCAAGAAGGUGAGAUUAACCUUUUCACACAAAAAAACCAGCCCCAGAUUAGCCGGUUUAUGUCUGCUCCAGGGGAUUUGACCGUCUCACUUUUUUUUUUUCUUCCCCCUUUUUCCCAAAAAAAAAAAAAAAAAAAUGUCUCCCAGCUGGUGUUUUUUUUUUUUUUAAAGGAGGCGAGCAGCACAGUUUGGCGGAGGCUGCGGACAUGGACGGGCAAAAGUUCCCGUUCACCAUCGAAGACAUCCUGAGGAAUCAUCCCGGCGCGACCCGGGAUAAUCCGACGCCGUCCUGCUCGUGCUGCUCGUCCUGCUCGUGCUGCUCGUGCUGCUCGUGCUGCUGCUGCUGCUGCUGCUGCUGCCGAGGCGGAGGAGACGGGACGACGGACCGCCUCAGUCAAGGUAAGGCCUGCCGCCGCCGCCUGGCGCCAACGCCGGGACCGCUCGCCGGGCUCCCGUCCCAAGCCGGAUGGGCGACCCCGUCGCAGAUAAAAGAGGAGGAAGCGGCGGCGGCGGCUGCGGGUCAGACGCCGAGGAGGACCCGGCGACACCGGACCAUCUUCACCGAGGAGCAGCUGGACGCCCUGGAGGAACUCUUCGUGCAGAACCACUACCCGGACGUCAACGCCCGGGAGAAGCUCGCCCAGGUCACGCGUCUCCGAGAAGAGAGAGUGGAGGUUUGGUUUAAAAACCGGAGAGCCAAGUGGAGGCGCCAGCGAAGGCUCUCGUUUUACGUGGAAAGCAAAGAAAAAUAACUUUGCGUCCCCGUUUGGUCCACAGUACGUCGCUAGCUCAGCUAAAAACACUUUGGAGCGUUCAAAAUGAAACCAUGAAUGAAGACUGUUUUGAACGUUAAAGUAACUGCAAUCAGAAAUGACUUGUUCUGGUAACAUCAAGCCGAAACACGCUUUGUACGUUCAAAAAGAAAAAAGAAAAAUGUCCGUGUGAACAAAUGAAUUUUUUUUUUUUUUUUUUUUUUAUGAAUAGGAAAAUGGGAUUACAUUAAACGAUGAUACCAUAAUCAUGUGCGCAUAGAGUUAUGUUUGAGUUGUCAUUUUCUGGGUUUUAUCAAAACAAUCCGACAAUACGACAAGGUGCACCCAAGAUUGAAAAUGCAGAUCUAUAUAAUAUCCA